GAAAAGGACACGAUUUACCUUCCAGGUAGCCAACAGUUGAAUAGUUUGGGAGAGUCACAGUCUAAAAUGUGUAAUCCACCAACUCCCAUUCAAGAGUCUAAAAGUGAAUCACCAGAUGUAAAUAAAAGUAAGACCAAAGAUGCUUUUGGUGAUGGAAAGUCAAAGAAUUUGCGUAGAUUAAUGGACAAUGACAAUGAUGAAUCCUCAGAAUCAUUUUGUCAGAACCCUAACAGCCUCAAUAAAAAUGAAGAUAAACAACUGAAAGACAGGCCAGAAAAUUGUAAACCAUUAACAGAAAGACUUUCCUUAGAAAACCAAGCAUUUCCGUAUGAUGCAGGAUCUGAUAAUAUCAGGCAAAAUGCUUACAUUAAUAUUUCUAAGCAGAAAGUUGGAAUAAAUGAACAUAGAUUUGAAGAAACAUUUGCUGUCACAGAAAAGUCCAAAAUACCUCAUAAGAAAACUGUUUUUGGCGAGUCAAAAAAUUAUUACAAUUCAGAAAGAAGGAGUAAUCCUCCUUUGUCUAUACCUACAAAAGGAGAGUUGAAAAGAUUCCCUACACCUGAGAGGAAUAUGCCAAUUAUAAGGAAAACAGAGCUUUGUUUGGACACAAAAGAGACAAAAUCAGAACAGAAAAUGUUAGCUUGUUCGAUAGGAGGGGAUUUGGAAGAGAAUCAGGGCAAAGAAGUUGCAAAAUUGCCGUCAAGCAAAAUUGUUGAAUCCAUUCUACAUGAUUUUGAUGAAAGCAAUUCUAUUGGUUGUGAUAUCCAAAUUGUAAACAAAGAAAAACCUGACAUCAUUGCUGUGAAAGAAUCGAAAGUAAACUGUGAUACCGUUGAACUAGAAACUUGCAAACACCAGCCUCAAAAAGACACCUUUGAGUUGAAAACUUCAGAACCAUCACAAACGCAAAGUGAAGAAAAAGGAACUGUGUUUUCUGCUGUAGACCAAAAAGAAAGACAAGAAUUACAUAGUAGAAAUUGUGAUUCCCAAAGUGACAUUGAUGCAAAAGUUAGGAGAAAAAGCCAAAGAAAAUCAAAAGUGUCAAAAUAUAAAAUCAAUAACGAUAGAAAUAAUGAGGAUUCUAACUGCUCAACAGAAACACAGAAAAUUGAACACGAACAUGAAAAUCUUCAACCAAUUGUAGGUGAUGACAAUAUCCAGAGUUCUAAUACCGGUUAUUUGAUGAAAACGGAUUCUAAUGAUAAGACCUUGCAAAACUUUACUUCUGAAAAUGCUCAAGUUACUAUAAGUUCUGCGAAAUCCAAUGAGAAACAAUUAAAACCAUGCCCUCUAUCAAGAAAAAGUAAAUCCUACAUAUCACAAAAUCUACCUCUUUCCUUUGACCUAUCAGUUGACGGACAUCUAAUAAGGAGAGGAUUCAAGACACUUCGAGUAAGGAUGCAUACAUUAGCACAUCUACCUUCCACUACCAGUUCCCUGGAAGUCUCCUCUGCAAGCACUCAUGGUGAUAGCGAUAGUGAAUCUGUAGAUAAACUAUCUGAUAAAAAUGCAGAAUUUUUAAGUGAAAAAAACACAUUUGCAAAACAAAAUCUUAAAAAACCAAAAAAGAGGGUGUCUUUUGAUUUAAAUGUCAGUGAAAUAUUUGAUGACUUUAAAUCGUUUUCCGACAACGACGAAGAUUCUGUAAACCAUAAAUCAGAAGAAGAACUAAACGAUAAAGAUUUGGACAGGUGUGAAAGUGGUAAAGUAAUUGAUACACCAAUUGAUAACUUGCAUUUUGAUGCCCCUAAUAAUAAUCAAGCUGUAAGUAAAAGUAAAUGUGAAAAAGUUAACUUAAUUAAUAUUCAGAACCCAAAUGAUUGUAAAACAUAUAAUCCUGCUGAAAAUACAUCACAAAGUAUUGCAUAUGUGUAUCAAAAUAUUACGAAGACUUUGGCUUCUUUGAGGGAAACACCUUUCACAAAAUUUAAUAAAAGAAAAGCUGUAGCCGUAAGUAUCCCAAGUCCUCAAGAAAUGCCAGAAAUGAAAUUUCUCAGCUCCUUGAAGAAAUCAUUCUUAGUUGACUCAAAAACAUCAAAUUUACAAGAGGCGUCGGAAAAUCUAACAAAAUUAAAAGAUACAAAAACUUAUGAAGAGAACACCAAAACUGAACCUUUUAAAGAGAAGAAUAUAAAUAAGGAUACUUCGACAAAGUAUUUAAUGGAUGUUGUAGAAGGGAAAGACUCUAAUGUGUCAGAUGUGUGUACGAGUGAUAAUGAUGACUCAAUGAUUCUCGAUAAAGAACUAUCAGACCUGGCCAAAGGGUGCUUGGAUUCAGACAGCAAUGUAGGAGAAGAUGAUGAUAGUGUUCUAAACUUUGGCAUGGUAGCUUCAGAAGAUAGCUCAGUCGAUAAUGAGUUUAAUUUGAACUGUAAGAAUGUUGAGUUUUCAAAGUCAUCAGCACGUCCGAAUAGCAAGCUUACGUCCCCACAUAAUGUUAAGAAGAGAUUGGCAAGAAAGUUUAGAUCUGUAAAUAUAGACAGGGAUGUUAAAAUCAGCAAAGACAUGGAUUCUGAUAUGAACUCAAGAGAAGAAAACAGCUCAGAUGGCCUAAAAAGUCUGUCAAUUGAAAAAAAAUGCGGAACUCAAAAUACAGAAAACAGUACACAAAUGUGUGAUGAACCUUCAAAAGACAAAGAAAAUUUAAUUGAUGAAGUGAAUAAAGAAUCAACAUUAGCAGACCUUAAAGAAAAUGAUAACUGUGUGAUAGAUGCUACUUUAACAAAAGAAAAUAACCAUCGCAAAACAAUGAGAAGAAUUAGCAAAAGGCAAAAGAGUAAAUUAAAAAAGGUUUUGGAUGAACAAAAUAAUGAAGAUAAUGAAGAUUUAUCUUGUGUUGGUGAUCUUAUAUCUACAUCCAAAAUCAAUGAAAAUGUUAAUUUAGACCCAGUUGUACUUGAGUUUGAAAAUAAGGAAGUUGACUCAAACAAAGAUAUAAAAGAAUGCUGCAAUCAAAGCAGUGAAAAUCUUGUUUUCAAUGAUGAUUGCCCAAAUAACAAUUUGCCAUAUGCCAAUGACAAAUCUAAAGCAAUAGAUUCAAAAAAUGAGUUAGUAAAUUCAAGCUUUAACAUAAAUUCUGAAGAGAGCACUGGGAGUGAGAAACAAGACAUCGCUUUUAUUGAUAAUACCAAUAUAACCCCAGUUAAAAAUACCCACAACACAACAACCUUACAGAAAAAUAAAAGAAAUAAUGGAAGUAGGACAAACAUAAAACCUUUCAAAACUGAUGUUGAACCAAAAUUAUCAACGCUUAGAAAAUCUCGAAGAGGUAAAUUGUUAGAACAAGAUUCAUUAGAUUCACCCGAACAGACAGUCUGUGAAGAAAAAAUCAAUCAAACUUCAGAUUCUAAAGGAAAAGUUAAUGAAAUGUUGAACACAAGGAGAACAAGAAGUGGGAAGAUUGUUGAGAAUGACUCUACAUGUGAUGUGUAUUUUAACUGUAAAACAAAGCAAGAUUCGCUUCUAAAUGAUAUUGAGAGCCUUACUGCUGAAAAACAGAUUAAAAAGUCCAUAAGUAUUCCCGAGAAAGAGUUACAUUCAGAAAUAUUAUCUCAUAAGGAUUACCUUCUUGCUUGCAAAACAGAUUGUUCAACAGAAAACAUGGAUCAAACUGAAAAAGUGCCAAAUCAAUAUUCCAAAGCUGAAGAGGCAAAUACUGAUACUAGUCAAAAGGAGAGUGUGAUUGAGGGUCACAUCGGCAUAAGUAAGCUGGACCAUUCACAUGAGGAGUUCAUAGUUGAUGAACAUAAGGGUAGUUCAAAUGCAUCAAUAAAUGGUGAUAAUACUGACAACAACUUGGAAGAAGUUAAGAAGCUAGAGGAUGUGUCUUCAACUACGUUAGAUACAGCUCCAAAACGAAAAACACGAUCAUCCCAGCGCAAAAAAGGGUGUGCACAAGGCACUAAAGAAACAUACAUUGAACCUGACAAAGGUCUUCUUGAAGAAAUCUCAGAAUCCCCAUCAAGAAAGACUAGAAGCAAAUGUGAUAUUAUCGAACCAAGCUCCGAAGAUAAACAAAACAGUAAUAUUGAUUGCACUGAUGUUAGGUUGAAUUGUGAAAGUAAUAAAUUAAACCAGGACAUUAUAAAGGACGAAUCUAAUAUUAAAAAUCCAUCUACAAUUGAAAGAACUUCUUCAACUGAUAGCGCUGAUGAACCUCUUAUAUUUACUAAAAACAAAUUAAUUGCCGAUAAAAACAAAACUGAAACUCCUAGCAAAAUUCCAACAACAGAGUUUACAAUUACUAAUGGUAUAAAUAAUACAACUGAGGAAAACGAUAAAAAAGACCUUAAAAAAGAGGAUAUAAAAUUAAAGUGUAUGUCUUCUGUUGCUUCUGGUUCAACGACAUCAAAUCAAGGAAAUAUAAAAGAAAGUAAUGCAUCAAAUGGGGAUCAAAAUGUGAAGGAUACAAAAAGUGAUGGAAAUGGUUCCUAUUCUUCAGACAACAAAUUUUCAAAUUCAGAUAACACCAACAAUACAUCUAAUUUUAAAAUGAAUGACAUUUCAAAUUCUGACAAUUCCUCAAACUCUCCUAUUAGUGUCAAUGUCAACGUGGCACCUAUGAAACACAAUCAAUCAGUAACAAUCAACCCUCACAGUUUGUAUUCAACUAUGAUUCAUCCAAAAUGCUCUUUAAAUCCUAAACUAAAGGAAGCAAUGAGAAAAAAGAGGGAUAAAGCUGAAGUCGAUGCAGAAAUCAAAAGAAGAUUGGCCGAAAUAGAUGAGUUGGAAAAGUUGGCGAGAAGUCAACAUAAAAAUGUUUUGGAAAAGAUUGGAGCAAGAACUCGCAGCCUUACUAUGAACUCUAACAUUGAUGAAGAAGAUGACGUAGUAAGUAUUUCUAGCGAUGAUUCACAAGGUACAUCGGUCGGUACAAAUGAAGUAUCAAAUGCUGUUUCAAAGAUAUCAGACAUUGGCAAGUCUGAGGAUAUCAAUGAAGAACCCACAACAACUCAAGAGGAUAUGUGUAAAACAUCUUCUGCGUCUGCACUCAUAGCUCAAGAAAACUCUUCAUUUAGUAGUUUACUAAAAGGAUCGGUCUCAAUUCUACCAAUUGACUGUACCACCAAGAAAAACAAAUUAAGCUAUGUAGAAACUGAAAAUACAAACCAAGAGCACUCUAAAAAUCAAAUUAAGUUGUGUGUAGAAACCUCUUUGACAAAUGUUAGAAACAAAAAGGAUGAUUUAAAUAAUGAGAAGGCUAUUGUAAACUUACCUCAGCAUGUAUCAAGCAAUGUUACAUUAGAAAUUUGCAAAACGCCUUCAUCUGUCAAUAAGCAACAACCAGUAUUACCACUGAGCAAAGAGCCUAAAGCUUCACGCCCUAUUAAAAAUUUAAGAAACAAUCAGAGGGAUGUAGUAUCAAUUUAUCAAUUUAGAGAGUCUGAUGAAUCAGACACGGACGAAGAAAUUAACCAAAAACAAAAAUAUAAUCGAGUUUCCAGGAAAAGUGUUGAAAUGGAAAAACAAAAACCUAAGGCAAAUCAUACUUCCAAAUUAAUAGGAAAAUCACUCAAGAUUCAAGAAAAGUCUGAUACGAAGAGUAAAUAUUUGUCAGUCACUCAUGAACGUUCCCCGGACAAAAAUAACAGUAGCUUGAGAGACCCAUCUCCAUUCAAUGAGCAUGUGAAGAAAACUUGUGAAUCCGCCGAACAUUCAAAUAACCAAAAAGACCUCACUUUAAAUUCUAAUGCCGUUCCAGAACCAGACUCCAGUACUUCUGUUAUGGAUCCCUCAAGUACAUCUUGUAAGCAUUCUGGAGGAUUAGAAAAGCCAACUGAUUCACCAAAAGAUGAGAGAGCUUCAACUCAAGGAGAUGAAAUUAAUUCUGUAGUGUCAUCAAACAAUACCUCCCAGGAAUCAGAUAUGACUCCAUCUUCACCUAUUACAGGCUUUAAGCAGCCAUACAGGAAAUCAAUGGUAAAUAGGCGGAGGAAGAAACGUAGAUCAUAUUUUGGAAGAUGCAUGAUUCCCAACAACAACUUGGGUAACUCAUCUAGUGAAUCAUUCGAUGACAACGACCACACUGGUUCUCAAAGUGAGGAAGUAGUCUCAUCAUCAGUUACUUCUGUACAAAUUCCUCAAGACAAAAAGAAGAGGAGAAGAAGAAAAACUGUCAUGGAUCUUUUAAUGGAAGAUUCUAUGCUUUCAGUAACUAGAGAUUUUCCAAUGUCUCCAAACCCGUACAUGUUUUCCUCAUUUUAUAAAGAUAUUGAUCUAUCAAAUUCGGUUAACAAACCAAGUGCUGUUAAUGAGACGGUUACAAGUGAACAAAAUUCUCGGAGAACUAAUGAUGAUCAUUGUUUACCAUUAAAACCAGAUUUUCUUGCCCAAAAGCUUAAAAUAUUAGAAAAAUUGAAAAGUAUCAGUCGAAAAAACAGAAAAACAAGGCAAUGUCGUACAUUGGUGUGUUACAAUGAAGAUUCUUUACCAGAAAGUUUAGUAGAAUCUCCAGUCGGAGAAAGUGUCCCCAGUAAUAAUGAUGGAGGAAUAAUGUCUCAGGAAAUUUUAGACCAAACAACAUUUAACGAAAGCAACCAAGAUAGUUCUGGAAAGUUACUCCAAGAAAAUGUUGCAACACCAAAAUCAAAAUUUGACAGUGGGAUUGGAGAUCAUAUGGACACUACCUUAUCUUCUGAAACAUUAGAAAAAGAACAAAAAUCAGUACCACCUAAAAUUCCUCUCAAAAGAGGAAGGAAGAGUAAAGCUAAGACAGUGAAGAAUGUAAACGACGAUUUUGAAACGCCAUUAGAAACAGCAUCUAAAGUUUGUCCAAGUGAAAACUCACCAACAGAAAAUCGUUCAUCUACUAAUGAUCAACCAAAGGAUUGCAACUUAUCUUUUGAAAAUAUUUCAAAGAAUAACAACGAUGAAUUAUCUGAAUUUGACAAACUUUUAGAAAGCAAACCCAAAGAUGGUGCUAGGGCAAAACUGUCGUAUAAUUAUGAUUCAGGGUUACCAAGGAGUCCAAGUGAAGACAAAUCAGAUGAUGCUCCAGACGAUUUUUUUAGUUCACUUCCUUCACCCCGACAAAGUAGUGAUGAUGAAUCUUCCGCAAAUGAAAUCACAAAUGAGCGUUUAUCUUCUCAAUUUACCUCAGAACAAAAAACAAUUGCUGUCAAUGAUGAAUGCUUUAAGAAACAACAAAAGAUGAUUCCUGAAAAAAUUAUUUGUAGUAUACCCAAAAGAAAAGUUGGUAAGAUGUUGCCAUAUUUUGGAGAUUCUUCUUCAGAUGACUACGAUGAUGAUGAUGAUGAUCUUGAUGAAGACAUUCCUCUUUCAGUUAAGCUUACACAGUAUAAUGAAGAUGGUAUAAAAGAUUUUGAACCCAAAUCAGCUGAAGAAGAUGAUAGUUUUUCAAAUUCAGAAGAUCCAGGUUUGUCAACUAUAGCUUCAAGUAUAUGCCCACCACUGAAAAAGAGGCGCAAAAAUUCAAAGAAACAACAACCAAAAAUUAGGCAAUCUGGAAGAUCUACUCGAAGUAACACUUGUAAUUUACCUGAAGAAGACACCGAAGAAGGUUCUAAAGCCAAUAAGAACGUUGAAGUUUUUGACAACUCUCUUGAUAUAAAUCCUGAAUCCCAAAUUCAACUUAGGAAAAGUAAUCGGAAGCUCAAGAAAACCAACUUUUUGUGUAAAGAACCUGUAAAUUGCAUAAAGAAAACUUUAGAUGAAAUACCUAUUGGUAAAGAUGGUGAAAACAAAAUUGAGAUACAUUUAGAGUCGAAUGAUGAGAUUGUAUCUUUCAAACGAAAGGGAAGGCCCCCAAAGGCUAAAAAACUGAAAGAAAAUAGUUUAGACACAACGAGGCUGUAUGAUCAGCCAACUACAGAUAUUAAAACUUCUGUUGUAUCUGAAGAUCAAGAUAGCAGAGAGGUUUUCUACAGUUCUUGCGGUACAAGAAAACCAGAAACAUUGUCAAAAAUGGGCAAUGAACAUAUGAUAAAUCCAAUGUACAUAUCAGACAAUGAUGUAAAGGGAGACAAUGAUGAAUCUUCAGAACCUACCUUGAAUUCUGUUAAUCAAAAAAGUAUUUCUUUAAGAAAAACUAGAGGUAAAAGUGACAUAGAAAUCAAAAUAAAUAAUGAAGUAACUUAUGAUCAAAAUAAUGAAAACUAUUCUGAUGAUAAUGCCAAUGAAGAUUCACUACUGGAGGAUUUGCCAUUAAAUAAAAGGGCUGCUAGGGAAAUAACUUCUAGAAAAAGGGGUAGGAAGGAUAACUUAUUUGUAGAUGAUAGUACACAACACCUAAUAUUGGAUAAUCCAGUAACGAAAACUGGUGACGACCAUGAAAGCAUUGAAGACGCUAGUUUAAAAAACAAAGAUGAAAGAAAUCAAUCUUUAGACAAAACUUUUAAUGAAUCACCACCUUCGUUGGUUCGAACAAGAGCAAGAAGAGCCAAGCUGUUAACAUCAGAUUGUAAUGAUCUAGAUCCUCCGAGCUUAGAAACUUCCAUCCAACCAAGCAUGAAUGAUGAAAAAUAUGACUUUGAUGCCUCAGUCAAUACAGAUAGUAAUUUAGAAAGUGUGGACACUUUAAUACUUUCAGAUACAAAUUUACCACCACGUAAAAGAGGUAGAAAGCCUAAGACUGCUGGCACGACAUCACAUCAGAAAGAUGACAAAGAUGAAACCUUUAAUGAAACUCCAAAAAAAGGAGCAGAACAGAUUAAACCACCAGAUAAUGAAGAGUUGAAUCAAAGGGAAUCAAGAUCCAUAGACUUACAACCUCUUCCCAAGAAGAGGGGACGUCGAGGAAGACGUAAAAUAUAUCGUAAAAAACCUGCAAAUAACAAAUACAACAAGAAUGAGUCCGAUGUUGAUUCAGACGCUGAAACUAAUAUGCCAGAGAUAUCAACCGAGGAUGAUAUGAUAGCUGAAAACAACCAAUUAGAAGUUGAAGAAGGAACGAACAACUCUACCCAGGUUAGUGGAGAAUUGAUAGAUAAUGCCAGUUUUGUAAUGAAAGACGACGGAAGGAAAAGAAGGCGGAAACCAAGGGAGGACAGAAUUGAAACAGAAAUUGCAGAUACCACAACAGACAUCGUGGUUGAAAAUGGUUCUGCAGAUAUUGAGUGUGAAGCCAAAAAAAGAAAGACUUCUGACAUUGACCUAAAAGAAGAAUCCGAACCAAAAGAAGAAGCCUCAACAUCUGAGGGCACUGUUGAAGAUCCCCACUCUCACCUAGCUCAGAGCUGUGCAAACCAGCCAUUCCUAUGGAACAGGAUCAGUGCGUUCUUGAAUAAAAGCACUCGGUCAGUCGGUACACAAGUUAGGGUAAAGAACUUGACACUGAAAGGGUUUGAAACAUCUGAGCCCGAAGUGAGCUUACAGAGUGAACUGACAUUACCUCAAGUAAUCAAAACACUGUUUGAAGAGCUGAGAUUUAUAGAUAGUAGUUUUUCCAAUUCCUAAUUUAUUUAUCAGUAGUCUACCCAGUUUGAAUACUCAAAUAUGAAGUACACUAGUUUAUGUAUUGUUUAUAUAAUUUUAGUAAACCUCGAUUGUAGAUCACAAUCAUUCCUCUGGUAACCAGAUUUAGGCUGUGACAUUUAUUAAGUAAAAAACAUCCCGAGAUUUUAUGUCAACAUCAUUUCAAUGAUUCGUUGUACAAAUUGUAAAGAAUUGAUGUAACUAUUAUUGAAGACAAAGUGCCUUUUAAUGUACAUUAAACUGUAUAAUAUUAGUCUGUAGGAAACUUCGUUGUAAAUAUGUAUACACUGUAUAUACUUUUAUUCCAUUAAGAUAAUGUACAAAUAUUUUAUCUACAUUUCUGUACUUAUUGUCAAAGUUCAUCUAAGGCCUGGCUAAGCAAAAUUAUUAUAUGAAAUAUUAUAUUUUGCUGUUAUUAUAUAAAAUGGUGUAGAGUAACCAAGACUUGUCCAGCAUAAAUAUGUGAGUAAUUAGACUAUGAUUGUUUGAUAUUUGGAUACAAGUUAAGUAAGACUGUUUCUGUCUCAUUAUGAAUUUCUGUAUACUAUCAUUUCAUUUCAUAGUUGUUAUUGUUGUUUAUUGCUAACUCAAGACUAAUUUGAAAUGGUGCCAUGGGUUAUUCAGAAUAUUUUAGUACUGUAGUUAUUAAAACGUAAACCAAAACAGUGUCACUCACCCAUUUCUUGAAACAUGUUGUCAUUUAAAUUCAAAGUUCCUUUGUCAAAGUCAAAACAUGCUUUUGUUUUGUAACAUUAGUACAAAACACUAAUUUUACACACAAAAUAAUUUGUAUCAAUAAAAACUUGUUUUGCAAUAUGAGUUUUGUCCCAAAAAACAAAAGAUAUAUAAAAACAAAGACAGUUUGUUUAUUCUGGCAAUUUUAGGUAUUCGUAAAAUAUAUCUAUUACUAUAUUUCGUGUUACUGUAUAAUUAAAGUUUAUAUUCUAAGGAAUGUUCCUUGUUUACAACCCCAUGGCAGCUUUGCACACGUUUGUGUGAUUUUCAUAAACAAUUGUUCGGAAUUAUACUUUUUUACUGAUCA